AAUACAGAGAGAUGGUAAUAUGUCAUAAAAAAGAAAAAAAAUAAUUGGCCAUGGAAAUUUAAUUCUGAAUUAAAUGAAACCAACAAAAGAAAAUAAGCCUGUAGUGAUCAAAACGUUCUUCCUCUCAGGUGCAGAAAAACAAAAGAAUGAGGAAGUGAUGAGUCGUUGUGCAAUCAGUCACUUCACAUUGAUGCAUUACAGGGAAAUUGAACUGUAGCUCACACACAAGCCACAGAAACUGACCUGAAACCAAAGACAUACAUGCUGUAUAGCAUCCAUGGAGAACAAAUGGGAUGCACACCAGCAACAGGAAUCUUGCUCAGAUAACAGCCUUGUAUUUAUUUGCAAUUUACCAGUCAGGGAAGGUUUCCAGGUCCUGGACACCCAGGAGCCCGUUCAGGUGAAACUCCCAGCACAAUGUAGCGUCCGCCAGCUUCGUGUACGUCUGUGUAUGGUAGCACAGGAGAACAACAGACUUUCUGAGCCAUUUGCACUUCUGGACCCAGAACGAUACAGUCUGUUGUACCACAAGGAGGACGAGUGGUAUGAAAUUUAUGACGACUAUCAGGUUUUGAAAACUCUGGAUGCACCAUGGUUUCAAGGUACCGAUGGUCUUCAGACCGCCUAUGUCAGUGUGUUGGCUCAGAAAACCACAUCUAUGGAGAAAAUUCAAUUCCAGGGUAUUCUGAACAAGUUAAUUGGCUAUGAUUUGGACUCCUCAGACACUAAUCGUUUAAGUGAGCUCAGCUAUACCCGAAGAAAGUUUGCCACACCACGAAGGGAAGAGCUGAAAAACCGGGAUUCAGUAGCUUAUGCCACUGAAUCGUGGAUAACAUCCACAGCGCUCCCGAACGAUCAGCAAGGUUACCUUCAACAGAAACUCUCAGUGACUCUUUAUUAUAAUAGUUCAAGCCUUUCAAUUAAAGCUGACCUGACACAUACCCCCAGUGACCUCCUCAAAAUCUUCUGGGAAUCAUUGCCGAAGGAGGACCUGUCAUUCGAAAGAUGGUCUGUUGAUUAUGUGCUCCAGGUGUGUGGCAGAGAGGAAUUCUUGAAUGGAGGCUUCCAGCUCUCUGACUACCUGUGGGUCAGGCACUGCCUUGAAAACACACUGGAGCUUCAUCUCUCAGUGGUUGCCAUCUCAUCCCUUCCAGAAGACACAGUAAGUAGAGAGUACUGGCCACUGGUGGACAGUCUCACUGGUCUCUCAAGCUCCCACGAGGAGCUUUCCCUUAAUAGGAUGAAAGUAGAGGACAUUGUCAUGAUUUCCCUCUGGGACUGUGAGAGAAAGUUCAGGGUUAAACUCUUAGGGUUUGACAUCCCAGAACUCCCAAGUAAGGUACCGCCAUUUGUCCAUGUGGAAGCCACCAUAAUUUACGGUAGAAAGACUGUGUCAUCAGUUUGUUCAACUUCAAAAGAGUUUAUGGAUGAAGUGCUGUGGAACACCUGGCUGGAAUUUGACAUUCUGAUCAGGGAUAUCCCUCACGGUGCUAAAUUAGGCCUCACAAUUAAUGCCAGUACUGUUGAAGGCAUGUCAACCAAGGACACAAAGUCAAACUCCUCUAAAGUACAAGAUUCCCAGAAGGGAAAAGGGCAAGUACUAUACUUCGUAAACCAUCAGCUGAUUGACCACAGAUCCCUUCUUAGCCAAGGUCCACACACUCUGCACAUGUGGCCUUUCCCAGAAUGGGACGAGGAGGCAUUCACUUUCGAAGCAGAAAAGCUGUCUACCGCCACUAACCCUGAUGUAGCCAAAGCAAUGGCAAUUACCUUUAUGCUCGAUCGCUACAGCUUUCCUGUUGUCCUGCCAUAUGGCAAGAACUCUUCUGGUAGUGGUACAUCUCCUGUUUCAGACUCGUCUAUGCUGGACCUCUCAGGAGAAUCCAGAAUCUCCUCACCAUCUAGUGAGGCUUCUCCAACACCACCUUUCACAAGGACGGAUUGCUUCAGAAGGCUUAAAGAAGAAAGUGUCCACUAUGCCUCAAAUUUGCCUCAGUUUCUUCGCAUGGUAGACUGGAUGUUGCCAACUGCAGUCCAGGAUGUCCAUUGGUUGUUGAGUCACUGGGAACCAGAGGAUAUAGAGCUGCCUGUGGCCCUUGAGCUUCUGAGUGUGGAUUUUGCAGACAUGAAGGUCAGAAGAUUGGCAGUUCAAAGAUUAGACAUCCUAUCCAAUGAUGAGGUACUUAAGUACCUGCUGCAACUGGUUCAGACCCUUAAAGUCGAACCAUAUCAUGAUAGCUGUUUGGCAAGAUUCCUUCUCAGAAGAGCACUAAGGAGCAAAUGGAUCGGACACUUCUUUUUCUGGUAUUUGCGGAGUGAGGUGGCAGGAUGUCCAUUUUUCCGCCAGCGUAUGGCGGUCAUACUGGAGGCCUAUCUGUUGGGCUGUGGAGAGGCAAUGCUGACUGAAUUCCAGCGUCAAGUACAAGUCGUCAAUUGCCUGCACGAAGUGGCUCUAACAGUCAAGGUGCUCUACCCAGACAGAACGGAUCUUCCAUCAACAGCUCCUCAGAAGCUGCAGGAGUUACUGGAGGAGUGCAAUUUACCCUCUGACUUCCAGGUGCCUUUUGAUCCCCGUGUCAGAGCAGGAAGUAUCAUACUAAAAGACUGUAAAGUGAUGGCCUCUAAGAAAAAGCCACUGUGGCUUGAGUUCUCCUGCGUACAGUCAGAAGCUCCAGCCUCUCCUCCUGUCGGCAUCAUCUUUAAACAUGGAGAUGACCUCCGACAGGACAUGCUCAUCAUCCAGACUCUAAGGGUCAUGGACUCAAUUUGGAAAGAAAAAGGUUUAGAUUUGAACCUGGUGCCCUAUGGAUGCAUUUCAACUGGAUAUAACAUAGGAAUGAUUGAGAUCGUGCGAAAUGCGAUCACUAUUUCCUCUGUUCAGAGGAGUCAGGGAGGUGUGGCAGGAGCUUUCAAAAACAAUGCCUUGUAUGACUGGCUUGAGAGGAAGUGCUCAUUCCAGGAAAAACACUUUCAAGCUAUGGAGAAGUUUGUGAACUCAUGUGCCGGCUACUGUGUAGCUACUUAUGUGCUGGGUAUAGGUGACCGCCACAAUGACAACAUUAUGAUCACUGAUCAAGGGAACUUAUUCCACAUUGAUUUUGGGCACAUCUUGGGCAACACUAAGAGCUUCCUGGGGGUGAACAGAGAAAGGGUGCCCUUUGUCCUCACCCCUGACUUCCUAUAUGUGAUGGGCAGGGUGAAAGGCCGUCCCAGCCUCUACUUCCAGAGAUUUAGGGACACCUGUAUCAAUGCCUAUCUGUCCCUCCGGGCUCAGUCUCGCCUUCUAGUCACACUCUUCUCUCUAAUGCUGCUCACGGGAAUCCCUGAGCUCAGCAUGUCACAGGACAUGCGCUACCUGCGAACUGCACUGCAGCAGGACCAAGGGGAGGAAGAGGCUCGGAACCACUUCCUGCAGCAGAUUGCCCUCUGUGAGCAGAAAGGUUGGACUGUCCAGGCCAACUGGUGGUUUCACAUGAUGGCAGGCAUUAAAUAGAAAACAUAAGGAAACUAUGUAACCUUUCUGACAGUUAGCAAAGGGAAUUUCUCUACAUGCUACAAAAAGAUUGAGAACCACUGGCUUAAAGAGACAGUUAACCCAAAUUAUUUACUCACCCUCAUAUAAUAAUAAUUAUAAUUCAUUUUAUUUGUGAGCGCCUUUCAAGACACUCAAGGACACCUUACAAUAAUAAAAUACAUAAUUAAACAAAGGGAAGAAACAACAACACAAUAAACAAUAAUACAAAAAAUCAAUACACAAUAACCUAACUAAAAUCACUCAGGAUAGGCUAAUCUAAAAAAAUGAGUUUUAAGACGCGAUUUAAAAAUUGAAAGACUAAGACUUACGUAUAUCUUGAGGUAAAGUAUUCCAAAGCGUCGGAGCAAUACAAGAGUCACAGAAGAAGAAGACCUGAGGGAUCGAGUAGGUACAUACACACGAAGAAGUUCACUAAGAUAAGAAGGUGCUAGAUUAUAAAGGGCCUUAUAAGUAAAAAGUAAAAUCUUAAAUUGAAUACGAUAUCUGAUUGGAAGCCAAUGAAGGUGCCCUAAAACUGGAGUAAUAUGCUCAUUCAACGGUGUUUGUGUAAUGAUCCGAUAUCAUUCCAAACUUGAUUUUCUGAUUUCCUUUGCUAAGCUGAAUACAACAGGAGAUGUUUGUCAGGAUGUUCAUGCUGCUCUAUACCAUGAAAGUGACCAGAGGCUGACAAGUUCCUAAAAGGACAAAAAGCACCAUAAAAGUACAACAAAAGUGGUCCAUUUCAAGUAUUCAGAACUUUAUGUAAAUAAUAAACAAAUCAAUGUAAAUCUCAAAUCUCAUUUAUGCAUUUUAAAUAUUCAAAUUAACAUUUGGCACAUUGUUGUAGUAUGAACAGAAAGUAAUUUAAACAGAAUGAGGGUGAAUUUACGUUUUAUGAACAUUAACAUUACAUUUUAUCAUGCAAAUUAUAUGGAGAAAAAUUCUGUAUUCAAUAUAAUCAAUAAAUGUUUGUUUGUUACUUCAUGUUUCUUAUUUUUUCCAUUAAAUAAUCAAUCACAAUUCACAGAUGAAUUAAGACCAUUAGAAAGACCAUCAGUGUGCCAUGAUGGUACUGUAAGUAAUAAGGAUGACACACCAGGAAAUGAGAUCUUUCAUGUAAACAGUGUAAUCACAUGCUCUCAUGAGUACCAUCCUGCUAUUUACAGUGGUUGCCUUUAGAGGGCACCCUGGCCCAUAUUCACCUCACAUGCACUGGGUCAUGAGACAACAGACCUAAAAGCACGUUGCUUGUUAACAAUAGACUCUGAGAUAAAACAGUGUUAGUUUUUGUUAACAGUACUAAGAGUACGACAUGAAAAUUCCCUGCGCAAAUGC